CGAUGGUCAUUUUACUGGUUCUGAUGUAACUCUGGGGCGAUGGUUUGGAAUUCGUUUCACCUACGCAUCCGGUGUGAGCUAGUCGAUCAUGAGCAAUUCGGUAGACGAUGAUCCAUCGGACUCUGUUUGCAACCCCGACGAGAAUACCCGAUCAGCAUCAUCAUUGGAUAAGACGCAUGAUGAGAGAACAGACGCGGAGCCCCGCGGGUUGGCACGCAAAAAUACCACACGAGCUUCAGCUCUCGAUAACCUGCAGUCUACGCUACCACGAAAAGCGGUGGAUCUCUAUGUCGAUGUGUUAAAACAACUUGCCGAUGAUGACACGCCCGAUCUUGCGGACCCCGACGCCGAGAGGUAUAACUCUACACAGAAUGGAGUCGUGGUUUGGAAUCCACAGGAGAAGGGAGUUUUAUAUCGCAGCUUGGACCGGAAGGGGAGGGAAGGGAUCCGCGAGGUUGCCCGCAGGCUCGGCUCGAAGUCGGAGAUCGAAGUGCAGGAACAUCUCAGACUCUUACAGAACGGUCUGCAAAAGCGCCAUAUGACGCAAUCGCAUAGCCGAACAAUUAUUCUGGCCGAUGUUCCCGCUGCCGCCGAGAUUGGCAAUGAAUGUCACAGAACCUUGGAUCAUUAUGCCGAAUUACUGCGCUUGAAAGAGCAACAGGAUGAGGAUGUUACUGGAAGGCACAAGCACCGCGAUUUCUGGGUCAUCGAUUAUGAGAAAGCUUUGGAUUUGGAUCAUCGAGCCAAAACAGAAAAAGCCGACCGUCGAGCGAGAGCAGACGAUCCAGAUCAUCGACUCGCGGAAGAUGAAAAUCCAGCUAAUCAAGAAGCCGAAAAUAUAAACGGCCACGGAGCACAAGACCUGGAAACAGGAACUCGGGAUGAACAGCUCCAUACUCCGGAUAGGGAUGUCUACGACCGAUCCAGUGUGCAUCUCACGGCUAGCUUGUUCAAGAUGAGCAACUGGGUUAAUCUCUCGGAGCGAUUUUUCAUGAACUCCGGGGGCACACGGUCGGAUGAGAAUUGGCGUGGUUUGUCCUUCGCAGACGAAACCCCGUCCCUGACGGCGGAUGCGUUCGCCGACUUCUAUUCAUUGGCUGUGAGUCUAACGCGCCGGUUGGUACAGUCGUCCCUCUUCUUUGCGGAUGCAAGGUUGCGAAAAGUGGAAGAGGACGGUCGGGCUAGGGCUCGCGAUGUCAGGGCUCGCGAUGUCAGAACAGCAUUGGACGUCUUGAACAUGAAGCGAGAAAACUCUGAUUUUUGGGUUGGUCUCGCCCGGAGACUCUCCCUUGAUGUUGUGGAUAACCGACACGUGAAGGGCUGGAAGUCGAUACAAAUGGACUAUGACGAGGUGGAGGACAUUCUAUCUCGAAAGCAACCAUUGCCCUCCCAGUCGGGCUCGAUCGCGAGGAGCGUUUCUAGGGGUAGAGAUGGGAGCCAGGUGGUUGACGAUCAGGGCUCAGACGCCGGUAACGAAUCCGAGCCUCCUAUUUCUGGUCAGGCAGUUUCACCAGAGCCCAUUGAGGAGGUUCCGUUUGACUCGGAGGACGAAUACGCAGAACAGGUGGACAGGGAAGCAAGCCGCGCUGAAGAGUCUAACCUGUGGGAGCUAGUUGGUCGGUCGCCUCCGCCUACUCCAUCAUAUGGUCAUGCCGAGACCGAAGGGCAAAAUGAAAAAGAUCCGCGUCAGAUGAAGCCAGAUCCGCGCAAAAGACCGAUUAGUGUGCGGAAGUCGAUGGAUGAUCUAUUCGAUUGGCGGGAUCGAUUACUCUACCGAAGCGAGUGGGAGGAAUAUGGCCACGAUGCUUUUGACUUGCAAGACGAGAUUCUUGAGAACAGGAAUAAAAGACGACGUCUCGAGCAAGGACAUAUGCAAUCUUUUCUUUCGGGUUCUGCUGGGGUGGACGCAAGUGGAGGCAACACUGAUGUCCAGUAUGAUAUUUCGCCUCCAGGCUCGAGUCCUGGAAAGGUUCAUGAGGUUGAUAGUAUGGUGCUAGAUGAUGAAACAAUGCACGAGGAGCAAGGCGUAGGUUCUGUCCUUGGCUCCUAGUAUGUAGUGUGGUUUGGGUGGGUGAUUUCUGUGUGCAUUAUACCAUUUUGCGAUACCCAGCAUGGAAUAUAUUUUCGGA